AUGCAACAGCAACUUGCAAGUGCUACUGCAACCGCACAUGCAAUCGCAAAUGCAAAUGCAACUACUACUGUAACUGCAACUGCCUUUGCACAUACACUGGCAACUGCAAAUGCAACAGCAACUGAGACUUCUACAGCAGAGCCAACUGCAGCUGCAAAUUCCAUACCAAUUGAAAAUGCUACAAAAACUGCUACUGCAAUAGCACAUGAAACGGCAAAUGCAACUGCAACUGCACAUGAACCUGAAAAUGCAAGUGCAUCAACAACUGCACCUGAAACUGCACAUGCAACAGAAACAGCAACUACUACUGCACAUGCUACUAGAACUUUAUCUUUACCUGCAACUGCAAAUGCAACGGCAACUGCAACUGCAAAGGCUCAUGCAACUGCUACUGGACAUAAAACUGCCCCUGACUUUUUUACUAAAAAUGCUAAUGCACAUUUACGCCGCGAAGUGGAAAAAACAUUAAUUCUAGAACCGGGGUAUGGUAUCCCGAUAAGACCGAAUAAAGUACCAGUUUGUUCGUUAAUAAAAGACUUAGAGGAAGGCGUAAGACAUAUUAACAGCAUGAAAAGUGAUAAUACGAAUAUAAGGGACGAACAAAUCAAUGUAAGAGCUAAGGCUGUAAAUAUAAUUUCUAAUUAUUAUAAGAAUAACAAAAGACCAUGGAUGGAUGAAAUAACGACGAACUUUCUAACAACAAAACGUUUCCUAAAAGACAAUCCGAAUCUAAUUGUAACGAGAUCGGACAAAAGUAAUAACACGGUACUCAUGAAGAAAGAAGAAUAUUUAAAGGAAAUGCACAAAAUGUUACAAGAUAAAAAUAUAUAUCAAUUAUUGAAUAAUGAUCCUACCAGCAGAUACGAGAAAUUAGCUAAUAAUUUGAUAACGAAACUAAAGAAAGAAUCGAUUAUCCCAGAAGAUAUAGAAAAGAACAUGAAAUCUUACAUUUCAAUCGCUCUAAAAUUAUAUGGACUAAGAAAAACACAAACAAGGCUUGGCCAUAAGACCUGUCAAUUCAUACCAAAAAUUACUCUACAAGAAGAUUACAGAUUAGUAUCGUUAGAUGUAAUCUCAUUGUUCACGAACAUCCCGAAAAAACUGGUAAUAAAAAUGAUAAAUGAAGACUGGGAUAAACUCACAAACUUCAUACUGAUACCAAAAAACAUCUUACUGGAAAUAAUAAAAUUUUGUUUUAAAUCAAGCUACUUCAAAUUCGAUGGAUCUUUUUACCAACAACUUGAUGGUUCUAGCAUGGGCAAUCCAGCAAGCCCAAUAGUAGCGAAUUUGUUCACCAUCGAAGUGGAAGACAACGGAACAUUACGAUUCUUAGAUGUAACAAUCAUAAGAAAUGAAGACGAAACCAUAUCAACGAAUUGGUACUCCAUCAAUGGGUGCGCUGUAUCCGAUGCAAAAUUCAUAUAA